AUGCAUCAUUUGUGCAAACGCUUGACAAGAAACAUGACAUGGAGACCUAGGUAUUUCGAUAUUGGUGUCAAUUUUUCCGACUCAAUGUUUCAGGGGUUCUAUAAUGGAUCACCAACUCCAAAACAUCCUUGUGAUAUUGAAGAUGUUAUCAACAGAGCUCAUCUAUUCAAUGUUGAUCGGAUGUUAAUCACUGCGUCUACAAUCAAAGAGAGUCGAGACCAUUUAGGAUUGUGUGAACAGUAUAAGAACCAAUUUAGCUCCACUGCAGGUGUACAUCCUUGCUCAGUGGCAAACGAAUUUUAUGUGAAAGAAGAAGAUAGUUUUACAGAAGAGUUGAGACCCGAUGUUAGUGAGAAACUUGCGGAGUUAAAAAGCAUCCUCAUUGAAGGGUACAAUCUGGGGCAUGUGAAAGCGUUUGGAGAAAUCGGAUUAGAUUAUGAUAGAUUACAUUAUUCAAGCAAGCAUCAACAACUUGAGAUGUUUAAACGUCAAUUGGAUAUACUAAAGGAGAUACAGUUUAGAAUUCCAUUGUUUCUACACAUGAGGGCCGCAUGUGACGAUUUCAUAAACAUAAUCAAGCCUUACAUAGACGAUGGUACUGUGGAAAAUGGUGUGGUGCAUUCAUUCACGGGCACCGAAGAGGAGUUGAACAAAUUGCUAGAACUUGGUUUUUACAUAGGUGUCAAUGGCUGUUCAUUAAAAACAGAAGAAAAUUUGGUUGUUGCAUCCAAAAUACCGGUAGACAAACUUAUGAUUGAAACAGAUGCUCCUUGGUGUGAGAUUAGGAAAAGCCAUGCCAGUUACAAAUUUAUAUCACCAUACCCAAAUAUAUUCUAUCCUGCGAUUUCAACAGGAGAAUUAAAUGAAGCAAAGCCGCAGUUUAAGCUUGAUGACAACUUGCCAUUCCCAUCAAUCAAAAAGGAACACUAUACAAAACACUCGAUGUACGUUCAGCAACGACUUGAGAACUGGCGAGAAGAAGCCCCAGCUGAAACCAGAGUUGGAGUCCUUAGCAGACCCUUAAUCAAGUCUCGCAACGAGCCAGCACAAGUUGGUCACGUAGCUGAAAUUCUCUGCAAAUUAAAUGACAUCACUGAUGAUUCUGAUAUAGAAAAAUUUAUAGACAGAGUUUUUGAGAACUCGGUAAAAGUGUUUCAUUAA